AUGUGGUCAUCCAGGGGUCUUUCUCUUCGAUUAUUUGGCUCGGUGGCAUGCAAAGAAUCGUUCUUGAGUGAGCUCAAGAGCUGCCUCCAAACGAGAAGCUUGGCGGAGAGCCGGAAAAUCCACCGCAAAAUCACUGAUGCCGGCCUACAACACGAUGCACUCCUGGGAAAUUUGCUUAUCCAGAUUUAUGGGAAGUGUAGCAACAUCAAGGAGGCAGAGGAAGUGUUCGAUCGCAUUCGAGAGAAGCAAAUCUCAUCGUGGAACUUCAUGAUCAGCGCGUAUGCCCGAAACGGGCAUAUGGAUGAGGCCCGGGACUUGUUUGCGAUUGCUCCAGGCAAGAAUCAAUCGUCGUGGGUGACAAUCAUAAGAGCUUUUGUCCAAGAUGGCGAUGUGGAGAGAGCUCGAAAAUACUUCGAUGCAAUGCCCUGGAAGAAUUUGCUGGCCUGGAACACAAUGCUUGGUGGCUAUGCCGAAGCUCGAGAUAUGGAGCUCGCUCAAGAAACGUUUGAUCGGAUCCCUGAGCACGACGCUUACACUUGGAACACCAUGAUCGCGGCUUACGUCCAAGUUGACUCAAACGUCACCCAGGCAAAGAGAUUGUUUGAUGCCGUUCCAGAGCACAGUAUUGUCUCGUGGGAUGCUCUAGCGGCAGCGUAUGCCCAGAAUGGGCAUAUCGAGGCGGCAAAACAAUCUUUUAUGAGAUCACCUCAAAGGAGUCUACUGUCCUGGACAUCUCUUGUAGCCGCUUACACCCGAGCAAAUCUUUUGAUCCAAGCAAGAACAACAUUUGAAGAGAUGCCCGAAUGGGACGAUAUCGCUUUGAGCAAUAUGGUUGCAGCAUAUGCCCGAGCUGGGUAUAUGGAAGAUUGUUUAAAGCUCGUAGCUAGCAAAUCUCAAAUGGAAAGGAGAACCCAUACUGCUCUUCUUGCUGCAUACGGUAAAGAAGGUAACAUCGAGGCCGCCAGCGAGAUUUAUAAUCAGAUGGCUGAUCCGGACUUAGUCGCUCAGACUGUCAUGCUUUCAGCUUAUGGCCGUUUUGGGCAUACGAAAGAGGCAAGGAAAAUUUUUGACGAAAUGAGCGUCCGUGACAAUGUUGCUUGGAUCACCAUGAUUGGAGCGUAUGGUCUUCACGGAAACGUUCUCAUGGCGAGAGAUCUGUUCAACCAGAUGCCAAAGCGUGAUCUCGUUUGCUGGACGGCCAUGCUCGCGGCAUAUGCCCAGAAUGCCGAUGCUGCUGGAGCUCUGGGCUUGUUUCAAGCAAUGGACUUGGAAGGAAUCCAUCCCGACAAGGUGACUUUCAUUACCAUUUUUGAUGCUUGCCAACACAAGGGAUUUCUUAGCCAAGGACAAGAGAUCCACGCCUGUGUCAAGGAUCGUAAACUUGCAGAUGAUCCCUCCGUUGGGACUGCGCUCCUGAACAUGUACGCAAAGCACGGGAAACUUGGAAUAGCAAGGUUGAUCUUUGAUGGUCUCUUGGAGCAAACGAUAGUGUCGUGGAAUGCAAUGGUGGUGGCAUACGCCCAAAAUGGGCAUAGCAAAGAAGCUUUGGAGCUCUUUGAGGAGAUGUUGCUCGAGGGAGGUCAUCCCAACGAUGUGACAUUUGUGGGUGUUCUAUCAGCGUGUAGUCACGCGGGAUGGAUCAACGAGGGUCGAGAGUUUUUCGUGUCGAUUGGGGAGGACUAUGGCGAAGAGUUCGCUCCAAGUCAUUUCUGGUGCUUGGUGGAUCUGCUGGGACGAUCUGGUCGAGCGGACGAGGGCGAGGAGCUCGUUGUGAGCAUGCCGUUUGAGCCGAGCGAGGCGGCGAGAACAAGCGCUUGGAAGCUCCACAACGAUGAUGAUCUUGAUAAUAUCUAA